CUACUUUAAGUGAGGUCAAAUGAAAAAGGUCGUAUUUAGCUGUUAUUUCGGAUUGCAACCAUGGAGGCUGACUUCAGGAGCACCUUUGUUGGGCAUUCGUUUCAUAGCUUUGAUGAAUUCUAUUCGCUUUUUACCUCAUUUAUGCAUCGGAACAACUUCAAUUUUGUUUGCUGUAGCAGCAAAAGAAGCAAGUAUCAUAGCAUGAGGUAUGAUCGCAUCGUUUAUAAACGCGUGCGCUGUAAGCGCCGGAAAACAAGGAGCAAAGGAAUACGGCGAGUCUAUUCCAGAGACACCGAUUGCAGUGCUCGUGUCAAUGUUGCUCGGGAUGGCCGUAGGCUAAAUGUGCUAACGUUCCAGCUCUCCCACAACCAUAGAUAUGACAUCGACUGCACAAAUGACACAUGCACUUGCGCAUUUUACGGGCACAUGUGGCUACCGUGCGUCCAUUUAUUGAUUUUAUAUAAGGAGAAUCAACAUCCGAAAGCAUCCCUAUCCGUAGUCGAUGGUUAGCGAAUUACAACAUGCCGGAGGAUUCCAUGUUGCUUCGGAGUUUGAAGGUAGCCACCUCAAGGCAGCCGAAUUCCAACGUAGCAAAACUGCUUGCUCGGAUUAAGUGCCUGGAAGACGUGAACCCCCGGUGCAGUAUCCGGGUUUAUCGAUAGCCUCAUUCAACAAACUGAUGAGCUCAUAGACGUAGCACCAGGUGCGCCCGUCGUAAGUAAUAAGCCACACUGCCAACCAUCGCGUAAGCAACCGCGGUGGCACAAAGCCGGUAAGUUGAC